AUGUGGACCACGAACUAUCUGUCAUCACAAACUGAAACGGAUGAUUUUGACCUGUUUCCGCCUUUCGCAAAGCGCUCAAAGGAAGUGACUCGUUCCAAUGAGGAGACUGUGUUACCUGUGCAGCCUCAAUAUGGCGAGACUUUCUGGAAGACAGCUGUGCCAAUAUCAUGCGAGGACUUGUUCACAUAUGAACCCUUUCUUGCUUCAGCCCUGUACUCCAGUUCACCUGUUGGGAUGGUGAGCAGACAUAAAAGAGUGAGCAGCCUGACUCAUGAGAAUCUGCCGCAUCCUUCACAGCUGAUGAGUAGAAUGAGAAGAUAUCACAGACUACAGAAACACACUCCAAGCGUUCUGCAACAUAUAGGAGAACUCAGGAUGAAACAGCGCCAUAUAAAUGAGCUGAAGGGGGACAAAUGGUGGGGUGCCACAGCUGUGCCCAGGCUGGAGGACAGCAGCGGCUCACCUGAGGGUGGAGAUGAGCAGCUUCUCAGUCCUGCAGCUGGUGUUAGCUUCAGUGCUAUGCUAAUGGACAAUCCUGAUGUGACCAUGACAAUGCCUUAUGAAGCUGCUCCCUCACCGACUCUUCUGUGCUCAUUUACAGAAUAUGAGCAGUUUCAUGACCUUGCUCCAGGAGGGAACCCCAUGAUGGCGUUUGUUUCGGGAACAGCCCAUAGAUCGCUCUUGAUGGCCGAUAAUUGUUUAGUGUAG